UUACAGAGAGGCAGGGAGUUGGCAAAUGGAACCCAGCAAGUUUUUGUUCCGGUUUGCCCCUCAAAGCACUCAUCCCAGGAAAUGGCUGACAGCUUGUGAAAGAUGCUUAAAUGAGCAUGGCAAAGUAGAAGGAGCCUGCCUUCAGUUGCACAAAUGACAGUUGCGUCUAGAAAAACAUGCACCGAUCUCUCGGUGGGUAGCACAUGGCUUUGGAGUGGAGGAGGCGAAGGAGGAGGCGGGACCAUUGUUCCAGACCGGUGCUGAGAUCCGAAGGGUCUCUUAUAAGAAGAGAUGCUAACUCAGAACUCAGGUUUCCUGACCUACCCAACUGAGCGUGAACUGACAGCUACUUGAGUGUGAGGAGCCAUAGCACUGGCUGCGUGGAACAACACAGAUCAGCCUUUCCUUUUUGUGUGAAGAGAGACGUAGAAACUGUCUGGAAUUAAAAUGCCAGCUAAAGGCAAAUACUUUUUCAAUGAAAGUGAAGGUUGCAAGUUAACAGAUCCUUUAUAUGAGAAGUACCUUUAUGCAAGUCAACAACACCCAUUGCUCUUCUUCCUGCUCUUCAUUGUGGUUGCGUAUUGCUCAACACUUAUCACAGUCCUCGUCUCUAGUGAUGCUCCAGAUAAACACCUUGCCUUUGUUGUGACAGUGAGCAUUGCUCUCAUCAUCUUCAUCAUCAUGUAUGUCUUAGUUUAUAUUGAAUAUUACUUUUGGUGCCAGCUAAAGCUCUUUGCGGUCGUGAUCUGGAUCAGCUUGCUGGCCAUAGGAUACGUGUCCAUUUUCGACAAAGGAAACUCUACACCUGCUGGAUGGGAACAGGUACCAUUUUUUCUCUUCAUCAUCUUCACGACAUAUACCAUGUUGCCCUUGGCCAUGAGAGAUGCUGUCAUCAUCAGCUCCAUUUCUGCCCUCUCUCAUAUUGUAGUUCUCAGCGUUGCGGCAGCAGAAUCCAAGCAGGAUCACCGUACUCUACUCCUCCAGGUGGUUGCUAAUGCUUUCAUUUUCCUUUGUGGCAAUUUGCUGGGGGCGUAUCACAAGCAUCAGAUGCAAGAUGCCUCGUGGGACCUGUAUUGCUAUACGUUAAAAUGCAUCCAAGUGCAAAUGAAACUAAAAAUUGAAAAGAGACAACAAGAAAGCUUGCUUCUGUCGAUCUUGCCAGCUCAUAUAUCCAUGGGAAUGAAACUUGCCAUCAUAGAGCGUCUAAAAGAAACCAAUGAUAUGAAAAAACAUGAUAAUAAUUUCCACAGCCUGUAUGUGAAACGGCACCAGAAUGUCAGCAUCCUGUACGCAGACAUCGUAGGAUUCACUCGCCUGGCAAGUGACUGUUCUCCCAAGGAGCUGGUGGUGAUGCUAAAUGAACUCUUUGGAAAAUUUGAUCAAAUUGCAAAAGAAAAUGAAUGUAUGAGGAUAAAAAUUUUGGGAGACUGUUAUUACUGUGUCUCAGGCUUACCCGUGUCCUUGCCAGUACAUGCCAAAAAUUGUGUAAAAAUGGGGCUUGACAUGUGCGAAGCAAUAAAACAAGUUAGGGAAGCCACAGGAGUGGACAUCAACAUGAGAGUCGGCAUUCAUUCUGGAAACGUUCUUUGUGGUGUGAUUGGACUUCGGAAAUGGCAAUACGAUGUCUGGUCUCACGAUGUCUCCUUGGCCAACCGAAUGGAAUCUGCAGGCAUUCCUGGGUAA